UCGAGUUUAAUAAAGGUUAAUCGUUGGAAACAGAAGAGGAGUUAAGGCCUGCACACCAGGGCAGAAUUAAGAUAACCUCAAACACCCAAGCCUGCUCUGCAGGCUGGCAGUAGUCACUAGGAGACGUGUGCAGGUGUUCCUGCUGUAUUUACUCUGUCACCUGCUCUUUCAAUGAGCAGAAGGAGGAAGUAGCUGGAUUGUGUAGCAGAAAUACAUUCAUGAUGGAAGAGCAGCUUUGGGUGGAGAAGUAUGAGUCUGCCUGGGUGUGUGGAAGGGAGGACCGAUAUGUCUUGCUUCCGAGCUGUAUAUCUUAUGUCAUGUCCUCAGUGAAGCAAAGCAUUUUUGUCUUUUUUUAUCCUAGGUUGCUGGAGGUGUGAUGUGUACUUACAACUAUGUAAACAAGAUAUUUUGAUGGUACUCUGCACAGAGUCAGCAGCUGUGCUCCUCCUCUUGAGUGUGUUUGGAAUUUCUCUCGGCUAGGCUUCCCAAUAUUUAGAAAUCCUGAACAAGUAUAGGAAAUUGCUGAAGAAAGAAAGGCUGCAGCUGUGAGAACCUGACCAUGUGAAGCACAUUUGAGCUGCCACAAAGUAUCCAGAGAUCAAGACUCUGAUGGGACCUGAUCCACAUUUAAAGUGGAUUGUAUCUGGAAUGGUUUUCAUGCAGCUGCUGGCAUGCUACCUGGUGAAAGACUUAUCUUGGAAAUGGAUUUUCUUCUGGGCUUAUGGUUUUGGGGGUUGCAUCAACCAUUCGCUGACCUUAGCCAUCCAUGAUAUUUCACACAACGUCGCCUUUGGGAACAAGCAGGCCAAGUGGAACCGGUGGUUCGCAGUCUUUGCCAACUUGCCGAUUGGCAUCCCUUACUCUGCCUCCUUCAAGAAAUACCACAUUGACCAUCACCGGUACCUGGGAGGGGACAGCUUGGAUGUGGACAUUCCCACAGACUUCGAAGGCUGGUUUUUCUGUACACCCCUUCGGAAACUGCUGUGGCUUUUCCUCCAGCCUCUCUUCUACAGUCUGAGGCCACUGUAUGUGAACCCCAAAGCGAUUACACAGAUGGAAAUUUUCAAUGCUCUUGUACAGUUUUCUGUAGACCUUAUCAUUUACUACCUUUGGGGACUCAAACCUGUUAUUUAUUUAAUAGCAGGUACAAUUCUUUGCUUGGGUUUACAUCCCAUUUCUGGGCACUUCAUAGCAGAACACUACAUGUUCUUAAAAGGCUAUGAGACAUACUCUUAUUAUGGACCUCUGAACUGGCUCACCUUUAAUGUAGGAUACCACAUGGAGCAUCAUGACUUCCCCAGCAUUCCUGGAUGCAGAUUGCCCAUGGUGAAGAAGAUUGCAGCAGAAUAUUAUGAUAACCUCCCACAUCACCAGUCCUGGAUUCGAGUUCUGUGGGACUUUGUUUUUGAUGACUCUAUUGGUCCUUACUCAAGGGUUAAGAGACUGUGCAAGCUGGCAAAGGAAAGCUAACGGGCUGGUCCGCCUGUGGCAGUGGGGUGUGUUUUUCAUCUACAUGACUUCAGUUUUCUGCAGAAAUGGGAGGAUCUUUGUGUGUGCUGAAUUAAGGUUGGUGUAUGCUGCUUAGACCAAGAGGAUGAGUGUGACAAUGAAGCAAUUGAAUGCACUAUUUUAGACUACUGAUUAAUAAAGGAUAUUUGUAUAUGUAACCCUCAGAAGCUAGGUUAGAGUGAAUUAUGAUAGGUGAACCUUUGGCCUAGGCUUUGAAUUAACUUCCUGGGGCACAUGUGCCCAAGCCUGAGUUUUGGCCUGGUCUGCAGUGGAGAAUGUUUGCUGUGUGUUACAUGUGACCGUGUGUGUGUGUGUGUGUGUGUGUAGUUUAGGACUGGUUUCUCCUGAUGCCAGAUUAGAAGUGGAUGCUCUGCAUGCACAGGACUGUGGAGGCAGGGAGGACUGGCAUGCAGUAGUAAAUGAUACUCUCUGGAGAACAUAAGGGUGCCUUUUGUUCAAUGUCUUGUCUAAUCUAAUAAUCUUCUGAUAAUUGCUAGUAACAGAGAUUUUGUAUAUUCAAUGAAAUAUGUUUAUAUUUUUGUAUAUUUGUAUCAUUAUUUUAGUAGCUGCUGUUUGACCUUAUUCCAGUGCUUUGUCUAAACCUUUUUGAAUGCAUUUCCAUGAGGAUCUAAUACUCGCUGUAGCAAACUGACAGACCUGAACUGGGGCAGGGAGAAAUCCUUCCGUUAGUCUUCCACCCGCUGCCCUGAUCAGCAGCAUGGAUGUGCCUCUGGAGAAACUGGCUGGUCCUUUCUCAUUGACCUUUUCAACCAUAUCCAUAACUUCAUGUUUCUCAUCCAUUUCCCCACUGUAAGCCACUUCUGGGAGUGGAGAGUUUCUAGUUUUAAUUGUUCCUUGUCAAGAUUUUUAGCACUCCUGAUCACUUUUCUUGAUCUCUAUAUUAUACCCCUCUCUGUGCAUGGGAUUUAGGACGGUGUGUCAGGGAAGAUGUAGAGAUGCUGUGGUGGUAUUUGUUCCUAACUGCUUUCAUAAUAAUGGUAAUUUUUUUCUUCUGUCAUUCAAGGGGCACUGACUUGGCAUUUGGGAAGCAUAUGAUACUCCAGCUGUAUAAAAUUGUCACUGAUGGUGUUAAGAGGAUGGAAUGUAAGGAUGGGGCUGUUUCUUUCCCUACAUCUCUUACUUGGUGCUAUUGACCUUCAUCUGUCAUUUCUGUCAUUUCUGUCAUUUCUGCCAACUGGAAGACACAAAUCUUUCCUGCCUGUCUUCUCCAACAAUAAACUUGUGGCUAUCCUCAAUAAUUCUGUAUCAUCAGUAUCUUCCCAGUACCCUGGAAAGCUGGCAAAGUAUUUCUUUCCUUACUAAGUGGUUAAAAGAGAGAUCAGCAUAGGUGCUCUUGCCUCCUAGCCCUCUAUCAGUAUUUUGUUUCUUCUGGAAAUCCAUGGCUGUAACAAAGAAACGGAUUGUUGUGCAGUCUCAUCAGUCUCUCAAAGUAUUCAAUUAGAUCUGGAAAGCCUGAUUUCCUCAAUAAACACAAUUUUUUUCCCUGCUCCAGAAGCACUGGAUCCAGUGAGCCAGUCUGUCCAUUCACUAGCCUGGCACACAGCCAAGCUAGCCUGCUGCAAUUUGGGUUCCUCCUCCUCCAUUUCCCCUUCCUCCAUUUUUCUCACCCAUAUGAUUUUGGCCAAUGGGUAAAUAAAUACCCAGGAAUGCUCAGCAGAGCAAGAUCCUUUGUAAUACAGGGGCUGAAUACCAGUUUAUUCACAGAUAUGGUUUUGUGCUUUUGGAUAAGAAAAGGAAGAAUUGGGCUUCCUCGAACACUUCAGCCUUCAUGAGUUCCUCAGUGAAGAACAUAGUUAAGUCAUCAUGUCUUAAUUAUUAAAGCUGCUUUUCUCCCAGAGGAAGAGUCAUUGAUGUAGGAACUUUGAUUACCUUAUUUGUAUCAGGGAUCCUCAGUUUUUUAUUAAUUUACUUCAGUGCUGCUGGCACUCUGAUCACGUAUUCAACUUCCUAUGUCCUUAGCAGCUGUUCCUCAACUCUCCUGUCCCACUUAGCAAGUUAAUAUAAAAACCAUAAUAAAGAUUAUGCUAUCUUCCUUGAUUUGACUAUUGUCCUUAUCCUCUUUGAUGAGUGACCUUACGCUGUAGUUCCCUUACUCAGCUGUUUCACGAUGCAGUCACCUACGUGGUAUACGGAUUACUAGCCUAGCCUGACACAGAGGCUAUGAUGUGAACAGGGGCCAGCCAAAAUUGUCAACUGCUUCUUAACCUGCCUCCCAUCAGUAUUUCUAUCAUGGUCCCAGCUUGCUUAGCCUGGGCAGCCCCACAGCCCUCCUGAUUUGCACUGUCCAUCUCAGCUGGAAUUUGAAGUGGCUGGAAGCCUGCAGUGCCUGCAUAUGUGCAGUAUGAGCUGAGUUCCAGUGUGUAUGGGUGCUGCUGGAGAAGGCUGUGAUCCUGUCCUCCCUGUGGACACUUGUCCUUGCUACUACCAGUAAUGUUGGCAGGUGGUUUUUUUCCAUAACCACAGAGCGUUUGGGUCUGGGUAAAAAGUAUGUCAGGGCUGUGUACAAUUUUAUUCCCUUUGCUAAAAAAUUGAUCCAGAACUCCUUCGUUGUGUGGGCACACUAAUGCUCUGGCAAGAAGGAAUUAUAUGACAGGUCAGAGUGGAGAUUAAUGUCCCCUUAGCUUUCUGCUAUGUAAAAUGCCUCUGUUAUGCCCUGUAGCAGUAGCUCAGCAGGCCCACUAUGAAAGGACACCCUUGUCUACAGAGGCAACUGGCAAACCAAAUUACUGUCUGGGAGGGGGAAAUCCUCUGGCAGUGCCAUUACUGAAAAUAAGCCACCUUGUCCAUCCCUGACACUGGAGCUGUAGGUCACUGGGAACCAGCAAAGUGCUUGUGAUGCCAGGACUGCUCCCGUGCCCCUGUCACCCAACCUUCCCCUUCCACCCCUCGCACCUUGCUCCCACUGCUAUUAAGUGGCCUUGUGCAAACUUCAGCUUAUUAUGUCUUAGUUACACAAGACCUGCAAAGGUGGAGGAAGAAAGUAAAAAAACCAAUUUACAGCAGCUGGCUGAUGUUAACAGAGGGGCACAACAUAUCCAGGCUGUACACUCAGCCCAAAUUACAACAUGGUUAUUACUGACCUUAGGCAUAAUGCCACAUUCCAAGUGAAAAUGUGAACGGUGCCAGGCACCAGCUUCCUGCAGCUUAAUUAGGAUUAUGGGACAAUUUCACAGAAUGGUUGUGAUCUGAGAGGCAGCAGUUUUGAAAAGGGCUUGCCAUCAUCAGGUAUGCCAUUAAUGGGGUUAUAAUUAGGAAACGCAUGAGCUACUGUAAGAGAUUUAUACAACAGAGCGUUCUGAUCUCUGCUGUUACUGAUGCUUGUCUGUGUUCUUCAUACUGGAGAGACUCCUUGUGGUCCUGGGGUUGCCAUUCUCCAGUGCACAUGGGUGUCUGUCUGCUUUAGUUCCCAUGUGGAAAUCUUUAUCCCACUGUUUAACCUCUCUCUUGCCUUCUGCUGGCAUUAAACAUCUAACAAACAUCAGGCUCAGUCUGCAGCUCACCACUGCAUUAAACUCAGAUUACUCCCGUUUCUCCCAUAUUUAAUGUACAGCAUAACCACACUGUAAAAAAGACUGAUUUCUAAAAGGCAGAUUAGGCUGCUUUGAAGAGCACUGAAGAACAUGCCAUGGUCCCCAAAACAACACAGUUAACAUUUUACAGCUAACUACCAAGCACAACCCAUCCUGCCUUCUCUCCUGGGUCUCCUGUAGCUGGCCAGCAGUCCCUCCUGCCUGCUGCACUGCUCCAAGAGGCCUGGGGGAUGCAAGCAGGUGGACAAACAUAGCCCCUCCUGGGCUGCUGCACCAGGCUCUGCUCCCAAAAUCAUUUCUGGGGCCUGGCUUUUAAAACAAAAUCUUCAUGAAAGCCUGAACAAGGAAAGGAGCUUGGAAAAUAUUUGACAGAUUUCAGUAGCUGAGCUCCAAUCUCUUGCCUUUUGCACAAAGUUUUCAAGAAGAUGGUAUCAAGAUGACUGCCACGUAAAGCUUGUGCCAAACUAAAUUAAGCAGAAAUUCCCAAGAUUUUGCUGUUGGAAAUAAUGGCUGUAAAGAAAAAACUGUAUGACCUGAAAGAUAUGAUGGGGUAUGUGCU